AUGAAGGGUCCGCCGCUGCCAGAGUUGGGACGGGGGAUUGCCGGGGCGUUGUGUGCGGCAGCGUCGACGGUUGCGGUGUAUCCUCUCUCGUUGAUCGUCACGAGGUUGCAGCUGAAAAACCGCCCGGCGGAGGUUAGGACGCGGGGUGGAAACAAGGUAAAACUUGAGCAGCACGAUGAAGAUGUUCAAAGCCGGAAUGUCAGUGGUUGGGUUCAGAUCGUGCAUGUGGCGAAGGGGAUACAUGCCAACGGAGGGCUGCGGGCGUUUUACGUUGGCGUCGUCGAAGCCGCUGGCAAGGCGGCUGCCGAUGUUCUUCUAUUCUUCCUGGUGUAUAAAAGCCUCCAAAGACAACUGGAGGUACACAGAUCAAAGAAUGCACCGGGCUUGUCGGUGGCAGGGAAGUUGACUCUUGGACUUGCUUCUGAGGCAAUCACCAAAUUGGUUAUUGCACCGAUCGAGACCAUUGUUACGAGAAAGCAAGAUUCUAGAGAGCCGGUCGGAGUCAAAGACCUCGUCACGCAGGUCUUGCGUGAGCAGGGUGCCACGGGACUUUGGGCUGGAUAUUCGGCAUCUCUACUAAUGACCGUUAUGCCCGCUGAUUGCACUUUGGGCUGGAAUGCGGAGCUAUCUCGGUCUCCCGAAAGGGGAUCACUUCUUGGCCAGCUCCCCCGCUCACUGCCUGCUAUUCUAAGUAGGAUCGUUGCUAUGUCCUUCACCUACCCGCUUUCAGUGGCUCGAGUUCGCAUGCAGGCGGGCUAUCGGCGAGUCCAAGCUGCGGAUAGUCCUCUUGCUGGAAGCCGGGAGCCCAUUUUCUCGUUGAGCUUAUUGCACACUCUGUCCCAUUUCGCUAAAACAGAAGGCACAUCCGCCAUCUACGCGGGUAUUACUGCGUGUAUCGCCCAAUCACUACUCAGCCGGGGGACAGCGACACUCACCAAAGGCCCUAUUUACACCUGGACUGUUCGGGCAUAUUACAUAUAUCUCCUUCUCUCGAGCCAGUAUCAGGCUCUCCUCGACAGAGCGAAAAAGGAAAUAGAAGGGCUUGCCGUGGCAGCGGGAGAGCAAGCCAAGUAUGCCCAAGAGCUGAAGGAGAGAUCGAUACGUGAUAUGUAUUCGAAUGAAACGGCAGAUUUGGUAGGUGAUUAUGUGGAGGAUGAGGCGACCGAAUGUAAAAGGUUUUACCAUUGGUUUUUCGAGAGGGAGAAGAGAGGGAAUGGGGAGUGA